AUGCCAUUUGACGUUUCUCUCUAUUCGAUUCAGGCCGUCAUCGUACUGGACAACGCUGGCAAGCGCCUUUUUGCCAAGUACUACCAUCCACCGCACGGCCAGGCCACAGACGAGCUGGCCACCAACGAAAAAAAACAAUUCAGUUUUGAAAGCAGUCUGUUCAGCAAGACGUACAAGCAAAACUCCGACAUUAUACUUUUCGAGAACAAGGUGGUAGUGUAUAGAGAAUUUGCAGACGUGAUUAUUUAUAUGGUUGGCGAUCUGAACCAGAACGAGACCUUGAUGUACAACGUUCUGCAAGGGCUAGUGGGGGCCCUGGAGAUCAUUUUGAGAAACCAAAUCGACAAGAAAUCCAUACAAGAGAACUACGACAUGACGAUCCUGGCGAUCGAUGAAACUGUGGACGACGGAAUUGUGUUGGAGACCGAUCCAAGUGUUAUUGCAUCCAGAGUGUCCAAACCUCCUACCGAGGACGUGGCCAACAUCAAGAUUGAUCUUUCGGAGAAGGGCUUGCUCAAUGCGUUCAAUUUUGCCAGGAAGAACAUUUCUGACCGCUUACAACAAGGUUUCUAG